AUGAUUGCUCUUAAUCAGAUAAGUCUUUUCUAUACAGUACUUACUGUCGUCACAGUCGUUAUUGCGGCCAUCCCUCGUACGGACUAUGAUGUCAUUGUCGUUGGUGGUGGUCCGUCUGGUCUCAGCGCGGCUAGCGGCCUUUCCCGUGUCCUGAGAAGCGUCGCGUUGUUUGACUCGGGCGUGUACCGUAAUGGUCCCACCCGGAACAUGCAUGAUGUUAUUGGGAGUGAUGGUGCUGUCCCCAGCGAAUUCCGCAACAAUGCCCGCAAAGGGAUUUCCAGAUACCAGAAGACCAGCUUCAUUGACAAGAAUGUGACCUCAAUCGAGAACAAUAUGGACGGGACAUUCAUUGCCACAAUUGAUGGUGGGAAAACUUAUACAGCGCGCAAGGUCAUCUUGGGCACUGGGAUCAAAGAUGACAUUCCAAAUACACCCGGUCUCCAGAAGGCAUUUGGCAAGGGGAUCUACUGGUGUCCUUGGUGUGAUGGUUACGAGCAUCGUAAUCAGACAAUGGGUAUCUUAGGCCCUAUGAGUGAAAUCUACGGCAGCAUCCGAGAAUUGCAUUCGACGCUUAACAAAGACAUUGUUGCUUAUGUGAACGGAACCGACACUGCAGAGCAAAAAGCCAAACUGACGAAGGAGCACCCGAACUGGCAGAAUGUCCUCAAGGCAUAUAACAUUCGAGUGAACAACAAGCUCAUUUUAAACAUCACACGGACCCAGGAUGGUGGUCAGCAUCAGGAUCCUGUGACCGGGCAGAUGUUUGACAAGUUCCGCAUUUUUUUCACCGAUGGCAGCUAUGAAGAGCGGGAUGCAUUUAUCACCAACUUCCCAACGGAGCAGAGAUCUCACCUACCCUCUCAAAUGGGUCUACAAAUGAUAGGUCCAAAAAUUAACACCACACGCCCGGGCUUGAGGACUAGCCUUGAUGGGGUCUGGGGAGUUGGCGAUGCCAAUAGCGACGAUAGCACCAACGUCCCGCAUGCCAUGGCCAGUGGAAAAAAAGCAGCUGUUUAUUGUCAUGUUGAAUUGGCCCAGGAAGAACUUGACGCGGACGCCUCUGCUGUGCAAGGUAGAUCGAUGCUUUCGCGCAGGGCUAUGGAAGAAGAGACUGAGAGAAAGAUGGGUAGUGAUAUUGAGGAUCUGUAUGAGAGACUUCGUCGUGCUUAA